UUAUAACCACGGGGGAAGACCAGUGGAAUGAGUAAGUGGUAUUCUGUGGGACUGGAAGUUUCACUUUCCAGUCACGGAAAAUUCCCUUAAAUACAGGAAGCAUGAUGAGGUAAGUGUUUGAAUAGUAUAUAAGGUGACCCUCAGCCUCUACUCCUCACAGUUCUCCUGUCAACAAACUCUUGACUCUAGCUAAUCUCUCAGCUCCUUAUCUUCUGUCUUCUUCACCAUCUCAUCUCGACCAAAGAGGAAACCAACAAUGUCCAGCAUCAUCAAAGUGUUUCUGCUCCUGGCUGUCGUGGUCUGCCUCUCCAGUGCCCAACUCUCUGAUUCAGGACCACAGUGUCUGUGUCAACGUGUCAGGAAUAAAGUCUUCUCUAAGUCUGACAUUAAGGACAUCCAGAUCUACCAAGCAACCACCUUCUGUGGCAAAGUGGAGAUUGUUGUCACCAACAACAGUGGGCUUCGCUACUGCCUGAACCCUAAUCUGAAAGCAGUGAAAAAGCUCAUGGCUUCCAUCUUGAAAUCAAAAACCUCUACAACAGCCAGACCAACUGAGGUCACUUCCACCCCAAGCAGCAGCAGCAGCAGCAGCAGCACAGCUCGCAACUGACUCUUUAACUCCUUGCACCAAUAAGAAGCUCAGAUGACCCCUGACCCAUGCAAACAGUCAUCUUCAACGGAUAUAAAUGUGAAAUGAAUGUUACUUUUUGUUAAUUUAACUAUUUAUUCUGAUGUGCAACUUAAAGUAUGUGUCCUUUUUAUAAUAUUUCUUUUUAUAUGCAUUUUUAAUAGAUGUAUAUGUAGUAAACAAAAUUUAAUGCAUUUUUGUAAUAAAAAUUUA